GUAUGGAUAAUAACUCCGUCGUUGCACAUCGAUCGAAUGCUGUGGGGAAGAUGCGUUCUCUAGCCCUCGUUCUCACGAGCUUCAACCUCCUGCAAGUCGUCGUACGCUGCCAGGAACUAUCGGUCAUCCGGCACUCCGAUGGAGACAUUUUUACCAUCGAGGGCUCUUGCACGGAAGCCUGUACGGUGCUUAGCAGCGGCACGGCCAGCCCUUACUCCCGGAGUUCCUCGAGCUCGAGCCUGCUCGUGCCAAAUAGCUCCUGCACGUGCCAGUGUAACUUCGACCUGCCUAUCUUUCGAGAGGAUCUUCACAUAUGCGUCAACGACAUCCACGAGUGCAACGUUGCUGGAUUUGUCAACAGCAACGGCCGCGUGGAGAGAGUACCGUACGUUUUCUUACCACAGCGAGGACAGAUAAUAUAUCCGCACGCGGAGAUUCGCUUCGAAGGUGUGACCACUCCUGUAUGCGGGAUCGCCGGUGCCCAGCAAUUGGGAAGAGCGGGAUGGUCGGAGCUGAGGAAUCUCUCCGAUGCCGAACCGCCCUUCAGACUGUUCCGGGACGAGGGCAGAACGUUCCUUCAGUGGAUCGGCGAAGCUGGGUUGAGAGACGCAGCGGAAGGACGAGUCGUGACAGCCAAGCUCGUCUGUAGAGACGCGUCACCGAAGUCGACAUUCGCUGGGGUUUUCACACCUUGCGUGGCCUUUAGAGUGGCCGGUUCUCCAUCAAAAAACAGUGUACGAGAAGUAAUGUUCUCGUCGACGUCGCAGGUAUCGCAGGGAUUAUCAGCCACGGAAUACACCGCCAUCGGACUCUCCUCCGUAAUCCUGGCCCUCAUAUACGUGGCCAGCGUAUCGUUAUAUUUGCACAGCAGAAGGACGAAGAGAAAAUCCAUCGAGGAGGCGAACAUCACUCUCGACGGUGGUCGAGACGGCGGCGGAUUGGUGAAGAGUAAUCCCCUGCUGGCCGCCGCGAGACACUUCGAGAGCGACACUAAUAGCGGACUCACCGAGAGCGAUUUAGGCGAGGAUCUUCCCGCGAGCGAUAACGAGCAAGGCUUCGAAAAUCAGAUAACGUCCGCGAUCGUUCAUCCGCAUUGCCUGUAUCUGGAACAAUCGGAAGGGCCCUUCCCCGCGGGCUCUAUUCUGGGCGAGAGACUACCGGAAGAGGAUGUACGGGUCGUGGAGACGGCUGACAAUCAGCAAGAUGUACCGGUUCUUCCAGGUGCUCAGCGAAGGAAAUUGUACUUCAAUCCCGCGUACUUCGAUCGACAGCUAUUGCUGGCCCCACCUCCGGCUGCCAUCGAGUUCCUGCUCAAAAUCCGAGAAGUCAUCUCCAUCGCCAAGCACAAGAUGGCUGCAAAGAGAUUCGUCCCUACCCUCAUCGGUAUUCCGGAAGAGGAGAGCGGCUCCGAACGAUGCGAAUCGGCAAAGUCGAGCAGGCAUCAACAAAGAACCACCCCGAGUUCCGUUCAGGGUGGCUCGGUCGCGAAAUCGCGCAAAUCCCAACGGUGUACUGGAUGUCCCGGCUGCAGCGAGUCUCCCCGGCAGCUUCCUGCUCUUCCUGUACCCGAUCUACCAAGCCACGGUGAGAGCAAGGUGCGCGCCUGGUUGGAAGACGUGCGACCACCGCAGCGUCGCUGGAGGGACGCCGAGGACACGCGCAGGAAUUUCCAGGAAAACGCACGAACGUUUGCCAGAAAUCUGGAGUACCUGAAGGAGCUGGCCAGACGCGACUUCGGCGAUCCAGACGAUCGCGCGAAUCUCGUCGGCAAAUCGGUGUCGUCGUGGAAGGAUAAUCCACCGAUGCUGAGGACCUUCCAGAAUAUCGCCGCUAGAAGCGAGAUUCUGGAGAACAACGAUCGCCACAGCGUGUCCAGACGAUCGACCAGGUCCAUGUUCGAGGGAUCCCAGUACGAUCGUUACAAUCGCGGUAAACGGGCGAACGGUAGACCGUUCCAGUUUGCCGCCGGCGACGACGUGAUAAACGCGAAAGUCCGCAAGGCCAUCGAGAAUUCGUUCAUCAAGCAGAUGGAGGAGAACGCGGCCAUGGAAAGCGAGACGAAGGAGAGCGUGAAAGACGACAGGAACAGCAAGAGUGAGGACGAGUCGGCGAGGACGGAGAGAUCGUCCAGCAACACGGACAAAUCGGACAAAUCACGGCCCCAGCAAUCGCAGAGCAAUCCCGCGCCGAAGAGAUCGAGGAAGUCGAAGGCGCCGUGCGUGCCCUCGCCGAAGAAGAAGGAACUCCCGGAUAUGAUCAACGAAUUGCCCGGCGCGAAGAACACCGCGAAGCGUAUCAUGGACGCCGUGAUACGCGAGAUGGUAGACGUGAAGGCGUUGGACCAUCAUCACGCUAGAUUGCCCGAUCGUACUGCAGCGAUCGACUACGAGGUGGACAGUCUGGAGCGUUCCAAGUGCAAUCGGAAAUCGUCGACAUCGCCGGACCAGUCGUCGACAGAUAAUCAAUCGAGCCCGGCCUUGUCUACGGCGUUGCCGAUGGACGAGGAGCUGACGAUGCAAAAUGCCGUGAUCAACACUCGAACCGGCGAAAUGACGAUGUCGAAGCUCAGUAAUCAGAUUAUUGCCGAGAGGAAUUGCUACAACAGUCUGCCGGAGCUGAUCAGCGGCCAACGAUCGGAGACGUACUCGCUGGUGAGCGAGGUCUACGUGAACGACGGCUACGCCAGUCCGGCCUGCAGCGACGACAGCGGUCCGGAGAUCCAAUACGAGCCGGAGAACCCGGGCCAUUUGACCAUCAAAGUCCAGGACUCACCGGAGAACUACGUGAAGCUCGACGAGUCCGAGUACGAGCCGGAUACGUUGGACCGAAAACCGAUGAAGCUGCGGAUCAACGACGAUGUACAGUACAAUCGAGGGGAAAUCGCCAACGAGAUUUAUGUGGAUUCGUUGGAACGACCGGCUCAGAUCCUUCUCAAGAGCAGGGGCAGUUUCCGCGAUGAGAACUCGACGCUACACCGCGGCCACGGGAGUCUACGGGAGAUCUACGAGGCGAGGAUCAAGGCGAGUCUGAAAGAUCCGCACUUGACGAACGGCCACGACGUCGAAUGCCAAAUGAACGGUGAGUCCGACAUUGUUCACUCGUGGAAGAAGUGCAGGUAUUUGACGCCAGACAGCAGACAAGCGAAGAGACAACGACAGCCGCAUAAUCAGCCGGACGUGGUGCCGUUGCCGCCCACGGAGGAGGACAUCUAUCAGCGGCCGAAGCCACCGCGACGCGUCGAGGACGCGAGACUGCCGCCGUUAUCUCCAAAAAACGCCUGGGACGGGAGUCCUGUCGGAGCGGGUGACCCUACGGCCAGCAACGGCGCUCCCGUCCCGAAAGCUGAGGGAUACUAUGUAGGGGACCAGACCUGUCGCUGUGCGUCGCAGACUCAAGUCGACGUCGCGACCAAGCACGAGAUUUACAACGAGGGACAUCGCGAAGAUGUAAUGACGUCGAUUCCCUUAACGGGAACGACGUUCUUCGGCGAGAGAAUAGACGAUUGCACUGUGACGAACGGCUGUAGGGACUGCCCGUGCGAGACGCGGAUCGAAAUCGAAGUUCCUGAGGACAGGUACAGGUUCUACGGGCACGUGAGUCCCUCCAAAGAGGAAGUCCCGGUGCGAGGGACGAAGGUGACGCGGGAGAAACGAUCCGUCACGGGUGCCUCUCAUCACAGGAGUUCCGUGAAGAGUACGAAGACGCGAUCAUGGAGCGUGGAACAUCGUCGGGAGGAGGAGGACAAGCUUCUCAACAACGGCAGAGCGCAGAGCUGCUCCAGAACGAGACAGCUGAUGAAGGGUCUCUCGAAGAGCUGCGAUUCCAACGCGAACGUGCUGCCAUUGGGGGACAAUCGGCGUGGUCACGUCAAGGUCGAGGACAGCGGCUACCUCAGCAGCACUGACAGCAACGGCUCGCACAAGCGUUUGCUGAGGCACGAGGUAAGCAGCGUGUCCGAGGAGACCGACGAGACCGAGUCGGUAUGCGACGGCGCCAGCGAGAGCGGCGCCGAGAGCGUCGGUACCGACAGCGUGUUCUUCGGCAAUUUUCGCAGACUGUCUGAAAUCUCCAAGAGCGCCGAUUCCGGCGUGGAUCUGGGUGCGAGGAGUCCGUCGUAUUACCAGCCACUGUUCGGCGCGAGGACCGAGGCCGCGAUGGCUCUGGAGAGGGCGAAUUUCAGCACGAGCGACAGCGAAACCGAGAGUCUCGUCACCGUAUUGCCUCCCUGUAGCGGUCAGUGCAGCAAGUUGGUAUCGUAAUCGAUACCGAAGUAUCUGAAUCGAAGCAGAUGAUCUCGUCAUGGAUUCUCCAGUAGGUUCUGUACAGUCGCAGCGCCUAGUAUAUUUUCGUGUCGAUUUUUCAUUGUCAGUCAAGAAAAGACGUUGAUAUAAGAAAAAUAACUUUCAAAUUGGGAAGUUUGGUGGAAAAACGAUUUGUCUCUCGACUUAAAUUUUUGUACAAAAAUUUUACAUUCAAAAUUUUGAAAUGGAAAAUUUACAUACUUACUGACCGAACUAUAAGAUUCUAAGUGCGUAUUUUAUAGAUACUGAUCUGUAGAAUACAAUUGUAAAGCUUCUAGUUUAGCUUUUGUAAUAUGUGAAAAUACAAUUUAAAUCGACUUGAGUCAUUUUUUCAUCAGACUCUUCAUGUACUCAUAAAGUACGCAAUGGUUUCUACAGGAGUGACGAUGGCAUAAAGAUGAAGCAAUUCUUUUUCUAUUAUAAAUGAUUUUAAACGUAUUGUUAAGAGCACAUACCGUGAUAUGUAAAUCUGUCACGUAGAAAUGUCAAAUCCUAAGCAUUAGAGUAGCUUCUUAUUGAACUUGUUUCUAAUAUAUUUUCUGUCGGUACUAGAUUUACCCUAUAAUAAUGUUAGGGUGCAACGUAACACUACUUUGAGUGUAAAUGGAAAUCAAAAUGCGACUUGCCAUCGUACUAGAUAGGGUAUCGAAUAUCGUUCAAUACUGACAACUGAAUGCAUUUGUGCUAUUAAAUUUUCGAGGAUGAAUCGUGAAUGAUACAAAUUCGUGGAAAAUAAAAAAUUCUAAUAUAUUGAAACGCGCGCGCGUCAGAUAAAUUUUAUACCUUCAGAAGAAAAGUUUCAAGGCCAGUAUAGGAAGGAAAUAACUUAGAAAUUCAUUAUUAGAUAGCUUAUUAGACGCUAUCACAAUAGUUUUAUAAAUAUUAAAUACAAGUUAACUACAAAGCGCGCCUUGCGCGCUUAAGAGUUCAUCAAGCGGGUAAACGAUAUAUUCUCUUCGCUCAGUCCAGAAGAAUAACAAUUAAAAGACUUUCGUGCGUUAAAUAUUUUUUAUAUUAAUAUAUAAGCUAAAUUACAUGCGGAAGCCUAAAACAUAUAAGAAACAUAGAUUAUUAUUAUUAAAUAUGACUAGUAGUUGAUAUUAAUUUGAGAAUAGUUUAAGGAUGUAUCGGACCUAUCUUCAAAAUAGUACAAAGUGGCUAAAAAUGUGUG